AUGAUUCGGCUGACGGCGUGGUUCUUGCGUAAGGUGUUAGAAAAAGCGCCAGACAACCAAUUGUCGUUAUCAGAAAAUAUACGACUCUACGAGGAAAAACUGCAGCAGGAGGAUGAUCUUAAUAACAAACCGAAGCAAAAUGAGAUCGCCAAGCAAAUCGUUGAACCAACGGAUUGUUUUCAAACCACCGGAACAAUAACGGAGGUAAAGGCUGACUAUUUUAUCAUCGAUGGAAUUUACUUUGUACCGAAAAUGAUAUUUAAAAACACCGAAGCCGGAAAAUAUGUGGAGGAAAAUACGAAGCUGCAGUUUCUUGCCAACCGAAAAACGGAUCCAGUAUCGGGAGAAACUUCUACGAAGGUGGUCAAAAUUAUAUCCGUGCUCGGUAACGUUUGGAGCGGGGAGAGUGAUACGGCGGCCGCAGCAGAAGAGGAAGAUUGGACGCAACCGUCCGAGAUGGCCACAGCUACCACCUACUACAAGAGUAAUCGGCGCCGAGAGCCAGGCACUGUGAUCGGCAUCGAGAACGAUGUGCUGAUCGUGGAAACCGACGCCGGUGAUCCGAUCAGAAUGAACAUUGACAAAACCGUCCUGACGUUCGUGCCGGCAAUGGGUGAUUACGUGACGCUAGAUUGCGUAGUGCAGAUGGAUGGAACGUUCGUAGACUUCAAAGGGGAGGUGCUGGAUGUGGUCGGCAUUGAACCAACACGCACCGUUUCUGAUCUCGGUACAAUCGUCACGAUAGAAGAAGGGGAGGGUGGUGAGAUCCGUACCGCUUCCAAUACUACCGUUCUUUAUCAGAUGGAAAUACUCAACGAUUAUCGGCCAAACAAGGGCGACCGGGUAGAGUUUAAAGCUAUCGAAAACAAACACGUGCGAAUGCGUUGCAUCCAAGUGAAACUGCUCGCUUCUGCCGUAAUCAAAACCCUGCAAAUCACUCCUGCUCAAUCAAACGGCACAGGCACGUUGGAGAAAAGUGGCGACAAUAGACAAAAAAAUAGUAUAUGGCAGGAUAAGCACGGUAUCUGCAUCUCCGGUAAUUUUGACGUAACGCUGAAGGAUGGUGAUGAUAGCGAAUGCCGUAAAGUAACAAUUAAAAACCAAUCGAACAGGCAACAGAAGAUAUUGAAAAUGUUGGGCCCAAAAAGUAAUAUGUCCCAGGUGCGACUAAAAUCGCCCUAUGCAUACACGCAAGCUUUUCUCUUCCCAGGGGAAUCGGUUGAAUACGAGUUUGAAAUCUCCGGCGGUGGUUUAUUCGGCAGGAAUGAGGAAUCGUGUGUCUGGUGUUUCGGUGGUUCCUUCCGCAUCGGUCGUGUCUUUCGCAUCACGGUAGGCGAUAAGACGGACACAAACAUGCCGGUGCUCAGGUCAGCGGGAGGCAUGCACAGUGGAAGGAUAUCUUACUGCAAGAAGCAACUCGCCCUGCUUAACAUGCGACGUGCUCCGGGGACGGUAUUGGCCGGGAGGGGUAUAUCUAGCCGGAUGAAUUUUAUCGCUCAUCCACUGCCCGCAUACAAUGUGCCGUCGGAGUUGUACAACAUUUUACUGACCUCACCGAGCCGGGCCGAAGUUAAAAACACACUAGAGCGGCCUCCGUACUGUUUGAACGAGAAGCUGUCCCCAUUGAAUUACAGCCGUAUUAUGAAAAAUUUCAUCUAUCUGGAGGAAAUAAGUCUACAGAUCGAAUUCCGCAAGCAUGAUAUUGAGAGAACGCAGUUCACGCCGGAGGAGAGUUUCUUAGCACUGGACGUGCCAAACAUAGCAGAAGCGCGACCUUCCAUCAUGGUGGGUGAUUCGGUACGUGCCACAGCACCUUGGACAAAAGAUAACACCAUCUACCAGGGCAUCAUACACCGGGUGCAACACAGCCGAGUUUUGCUAAAGUUCGACCAAACGUUCCAUUCGCGGUACAAUGGCGAAAGCUACGCAAUUCAGUUUAUUUUCGGACGUAGCGUAUUCCGCAAGCAGCAUCACGCAAUUAAGCGCAUACAGAUGACGCUGGGAUACGAUUAUUUGUUUCCAAUGCAAAUUAAAAUACAGCAACCGUUGCUCAAUGUACGACUUAACGCUCGGAACGACAUGCUGCUGGAAGAAACCGAGGCAGAUGCGGUCAAGAAGGUGCGCAUAUUGCCGUGGUACAAUCAGUUGCUCAAUCGAUACCAAAAGCAUGCGGUCGUGAACGUGCUACGGGGCGACGCACGUCCAAUGCCACACAUUAUCUUCGGACCGCCGGGUACGGGAAAAACGGUUACCAUUAUUGAGCUGAUUCAUCAGCUGGUGGCGAAUGUUCCUAGUGCACGUGUUAUCGUCGUCACACCGUCCAACAGUGCGGCCUACCUGAUUACCGAGCGGUUGGCACGGGGUGGUAUCUUGCAGCCAGGGGAUUUCAUACGGCUUGUUGGCAUGAGUCAGGUCGAGCGGGAAAUCGUGCCGGAACAUCUCGUGCAAUACUGUGCCACAGUCGAUGUGGCCGAUGAGCGUAACUCGCUCGGCGAGGUGCUUGUGACCGAAUCAGGUUUGCGCAUGAAAUUCCAAGCGAAACACAUCGGUAGACACCGUGUGACCAUUAGCACUUGUCUCGGAGUCGGUUCGCUAAUGAUGAUGAGUUUCGAUCCGAAUCACUUUACACACGUCAUUAUCGACGAGGCUGGCCAAGCGAUGGAACCGGAAACGCUGAUCCCAAUUUGCCAGGUUAGCCGAACAGCUGGCUCAGUUGUAUUGGUCGGUGAUCCAAAGCAGCUCAGCCACUCCGUUCACUUUUCCGAGGGAGAGGAAUGGAACAGCAACAUCUCGCUAAUGGAACGGUUGUUGGUCAACCAGAAGCUGUAUGCUAUCGAUCGUCAGCAGUUCUCCGAUGACACGGCAGGAUUUGAUCCGCGGUUGGUAACAAUGCUUCGCAUCAACUAUCGAUCGAUACCGUCCGUACUUUCGUUGUACAACGAUUUAUUUUACGCCAGUUCGCUCGAACCGUACCAACCCAUCGUCACCGAGGAGAACGUAGAGUUGAUCGCUGCCGUUCGCGACAUUUUACGACUUCCACCGUCGGCCAACGAAGACAGCACCCGAAAUGGGUUCUUUUUUUGUGGCAUCAACGGUACCAACAAACAAUCGCCGGAAAGUCCCUCCUGGUUUAAUCCGGCCGAAGCAUGCAUGGUACACAAGAUCGUAGAACGGUUGUACCGGGGCGGACGAUGCGGUCCGGAUGAUAUCGGCAUCAUUACUCCGUAUGUUAUGCAGGUGCGAAGCAUCAGGCGCAUAUUCGAUGCAGCUUCACUCGAACCGCCCAAGAUCGGUUCGGUGGAAGAAUUCCAAGGACAGGAAAGGAAAAUAAUCAUCCUAUCGGCAGUACGUUCCUCCAGCCACUAUUUGGGACGCGAUGCCACCACCAAGCUCGGGUUUAUAUCAGCACCAAAGCGUAUUAACGUGGCAAUUUCACGUGCCAAGGUUGUACUGGUAGUGGUGGGCAAUCCGCACCUGCUGGCAACGGAUGUGAUAUGGGGAAGUUUGCUGAAGCGAGCGCUGGACGGUGAUUCGUAUUGUGGUUGUACGAUUGAAUCCACGAAUAUGCGCCAGAAGUCUUCUACGGUUCCUCGUCAGAACAAUCUUUUGCAGCGCCAGUACGAUGAUGAAGAGGACGAAGGUGAACAAUAUUGA